CAACGUGCCCCAGUUCUUCAACCCGCCUGUGGAGGGCGUGUCACAGGUCAGCGUCAUGAACCCGAGUUCAGCCGGAGCAGCAGAGGAGUCCGUCUCACAUAAACACGAGAAAAGAAGGACCAUCAGUCUGCCGGAUGAGUGCCGAAAUGUUUUUAUAACUUAUUCUUCUGACGUUUCUUCAGAGAUCGUCCCCUUCGUGGACUUUCUCACAAAACAAGGUUUCCGACCAGCUAUUGACAUAUUUGACAGCCCUAUCAGGCGCAUGGACAUCAACAAGUGGAAGGAUAGCUACCUGAAAGACCCAUCAAACCUAAUUAUCGUUGCCAUCAGUCCAAAAUAUAAGGAUGACACUGAAGGAUCAGUCGUGGACAGUCAUGGUCUACAGACGAAAUAUAUUCACUCCAUGAUGCAGACUGAAUUUAUUCAGCAAGGCAGUUUGAACUUCAGAUUCAUACCUGUUCUCUUCCCCAAUGCAUCCCAGAAGCACGUACCAACCUGGCUCCUGAACACUCGUGUGUACCGCUGGCCACAGGACACUGAGGAUUUGUUACUACGGCUGCUCAGAGAGGAGAGAUAUGUUCCUCCACCUGUACCCAUGGAGCUGACCCUCAUCAUCAGGCCUGUGGCCCCCAGCUCUGCAACUUCCCUGUAAAAAGCAUACAUGAUAGUGAAUUUGUGAAGCAUUUGUUUGAUUUGUUUCUAAUGCAUUUUAUCUGGAAUAUUGUGCAGCUUGUGAAUCUCUUUAUUGCUCCAGUUAAAGCCA